AAUACGUUCACAGAUGACGAAAGUUUCGCACUCCCUCCUUCAGUUUUACCAAAGCGCCCACGCGUUAAUCAGCCUAAACAAGGAUUGUUGCAAUCAAGUUUGAAACCAAUCACUAAGAAGGCCAUGAAACAGACACCAGAUGCACUUGCACAGGCCAGACGAAGUAAUAGAUUGGCAACGUUCACAUCCAAAGUUGGUAUAUCGAAAAACCCAGUACGCGAUAAGCGAAAAAAACCAUCGCCCUUGGCUACUAAAAUGUCGAGAUCGAAUGGUGCAUCCAAUCAGAGUAAUGAUGAUCAGAAUGGUGCAUCUUCGAGUGAAGUUUCCGAACAACUUAAUGAACUCGUACGCACACUUGGUAAAGCUCGGGCAGCUCUCGGUUCAUAUAGAUGUCAAGAAGCUAUUGAAACUUUAAAUGGUCUUCUAGGUCCUGAACUUGGUCAAGGAGCUGUAGGUGCUCAUGUUGGUGGUGGUAUUGCUCGCACACCUUCCGCACUUUGUUGGCUUGGCCAAGCCUACUUUGAAUCAGCUGAUUACAUAAAAGCUGAACGAGCAUUCGCUGCAGCAAGAGCGCUCUCGCCGCAUAGAAGUGAAGAUAUGGAUAUCUAUUCAACUGUUUUGUGGCAUCUUAAUAAACCAACUUCACUUGCAUUUCUCGCUCACGAUAUGGUAAAAGUUGAUAAAAAAUCUUACCAAUCUUGGGUCGCACUUGGUAAUGCACUUUCAUUAUCAAAUGAACAUUCAGAUGCCCUUAUCGCAUUCACUAAAGCUUCUUCAGUUUCUCCUCUUUCCGCAUACAGUAAUGUACUCGCAGGUCACGAAUGCAUAGCUAAAGAAGAAUGGGAUAAUGCGGCUCAAUGGUUCCAAACUGCGAUUCGUAUAAACAGGAGAAUGUACAAUGCUUGGUAUGGUCUUGGAGUAGUCUAUCUUAAUCAAGGCAAAACAGCGUUAUCGGAAUAUCACUUUAAGAAAGCUACAGAAAUUAAUCCAUCAAAUGUUGUCUUGCUCUGCAGUCUUGGUUCUGCUAUCGAAAAAGGUAAUACUGAUAGAGAGAGAAUCGAACUUCUCGAAAGUGCCUACCAAUCCUACAACAAAGCUUGCAUCCUUCAAGAAAAUAGCGCUUUGGCGAGAUAUAAACGUGCUAAUGUUCUCUUCCUAAUGAACCAAUUCCAACGUGCUCUACCUGAUCUUUUAUUCCUUAAAGAUGCUGCACCCGAUGAGGUCAAUGUGCACCUCCUUCUUGGUCGCGUAUACAGACAACUCGGCAAUGCUGCCGGUGCAGCUAAGCAUUUUGCAAUAGCACAAGAUAUAGAACCUAAAUCAGCUUUGAUAGUUGGAGAAAUAAUUGAAAGCCAAUACAGUAAUUAAUUAAUCAAGAUCAUUAUCUGCAUACCUGCAUAAUUUAAUCCAAAAUUUGUUCUAUUUAUUGUUACAUUUUAAUUCUUAUGAUAGCAAAAAUUCCCAUAAUCCAUUUGUAUCCUUGUAAUCAUGAUGCACAACACUAACUAACC